UGUUGAAUAUGCUUUAGCUGUACACCUCCACUUGGAUAGAAUGCUUAAAAGACCCCUUUUUGCUGUAAGAUGAUAGAAUUCAUUUACAGAACAAGAUAUGGUUGAUGCUAUUGUUUCGUUUGUGAUUGAAAGGCUUGGAGACUUUCUAAUUAAUGAAGCCAAGUUCUUGUAUGGAGUCAAAGGCCAAGUCGAGAAUGCAAAGAUCAAGCUGCAAUGUAUGAGGGCUUUCUUAAAAGACGCUGAUGCUCAAAUCAGAGAAAAUGGUUAUGAGAGGGUAUGCCUUUUGGUUGUCCAAAUCAGAGAAAAUUCUUAUGCCUUGGAGGAUGUUAUUGAAACUUACGUCUUCAGAGUGGCUUCUAAUAACGAGAGUGUUGGAGCUACCAGACGGGUACUGAAAUGUUCAGCUCGCAUUAUUGAUGUCUACAAAGUUGGAUCAAAGAUAAAGGAGAUCUCAUCAAACAUUGAUACUUGGACGUCAGAAUUAGAAAAAUAUGGAGUACAGAGAUCAAUGGAGAAGGCAGCUGAAACUUCUUCAAGCUAUGUCCAAGAGCGAAGACAGUUGAGGCAAGCUUAUUCUUAUGUUGAAGACAACCAUGUUGUUGGAUUCGACAAAGACAUCGAAGAGUUGGUAGCCCUUUUGACUGAACAAAAGAACCCUCAUAAGCCUUAUAAGGUGAUCUCUGUGUAUGGGAUGGGUGGUUUGGGGAAGACCACUCUUGCAAGAAAGGUAUAUCAACACCCCCAAGUCAGGACUCACUUUGAUUGUUAUGCUUGGGCUUCAAUAUCUCAGCAAUGUAAUACUCGUGAAGUCUUGGAAGGAAUUUUAUUUGCUUUCACUUCUACAAACAAGGAAAGAAGAGAAGAAAUCAGAACCACAAGUGAUGUUGAAUUAGCCAAGCAGCUUCACGACUUUCAGAAACAGAAGAAAUGUCUGGUGCUCCUUGAUGAUAUAUGGACCACUAAAACUUGGGAUCUUCUAAAACAUGCAUUCCCUCAAGGAGACACAGAUAGCAAGAUCUUACUCACCACUCGGAAUAAAGAUGUUGCUUUGCAUGUGGAUCAAGGUGGUUUCAUCCACGAACCUCAUUUUCUCAGUGACAAGGAGAGCUGGGAGCUGUUUCAGAAAAAGUACUCCUGUGCUGGAAUGGAUCCAUCAAAUUUAGACUCGGAUGAUAAUGAAAGGAAGAAAGAACUAGCGGUUGAGAUGCUUAAAAAGUGCGCUGGUUUGCCAUUAGCCAUCAUCGUGCUCGCUGGGCUUCUGUCUAAGAAACACACCAUAUAUGAGUGGGAGCAGAUGAAAAGAAACAUAGUGCGCUGCAUAGGUCAAGGUGAACAACACGAUGACUCAAAAUACCGUAGUGUUUGGGGGGUGUUAGGUUUGAGUUACAUUGAGUUACCAUGUCACUUGAAGCCGUGUUUUUUGUACUUGUCUCGCUACCCUGAAGAUGCUGUGAUAAGAGUAAAAACGUCAUGCCUUGUACUCAUAGCAGAAGGUUUUAUAUCAUUAAGAGGAAGUUGUAUGGAAACCAUGGAGGAUGAGGCAUAUGAUUGCUUAAGUGAGUUGGUGGAGAGGAGCAUGAUUCAGGUAAAAGAAAUGAGUUCAACAGGAAAGAUAAAAUCAUUUUGCAUUCAUGAUCUCAUGCGAGAUUUGUGCGUGUCUAAAGCUCGAGAUGAAAACUUUCUACAUUUUAUCGAUUUGAGGAAUAAAGUGGAAGAGCCAAUUGAAUCAGUGUCUACUGUCCCGAUAACAAAUGUACGAAGAGUUGCCAUUUAUUGUGGUCCUGAAAGUACUGAUAAUGAUAUUGAAAGUGCUGAUAAUGAUGAUGAAAGUGCUGAUAAUGAUAUUGAAAGUGCUGAUAAUGAUUUUGUUAAUAUGGUUCGAAAUAUAGAUGGCUCUCUUAGGUACCUUUCUGUACAUAAGGGACGCAUUGCGUUCGAAGAAGGAGUAUUCAGACAUGUCUGCAAUCGCUUUCUGAUGCUUAGAGUUCUGAUCAUUAUUGACAUCCCGGAUUCGGUAUGUACCACGUUGCCUAAAGAAAUUGGAAAUCUUAUCCACCUAAGGUUAUUUAGUAUGCCUUAUAGCCUAAUAAAAAUGAUUCCUUCUUAUUUUGGGAAUUGGAGAUGCCUGCAAACUUUGAGAGUGUGUACCGUAUUUGAUAUAAUACCAAAUUCAAUGUGCAAGUUGGAACAGUUGAGGCAUCUAUAUUUUUAUAAUCGUUUUUCUGGCGUAGGAGUUGGUGAAUUCUUGAGGUCAACUAAGUCUAGAAAUUUAUUACAGACAUUGGUAGGUAUUCAUUCCAAGCAUCUUGUUCUGAGUGAUUUGCUACAGCUGAAGAAUCUCAAGAAAUUAGCAAUUGUUGUGGAUGGAAAUUUUGACUCAUUCUUACACAAUCCCCAAACUCUCACAUUCACUCGUCUUUUGUCUUUACGAUUACGAGGAACAGCUCUUGGUAAUGACUUCAAGAUAGAUAUUGUUCCUUUGAUUUUAAGCUGUCCUCAAAUUUAUAAGCUUACACUGAAGUCGCCUAUAGUAAGAUUACCACAAGUCAACCAAUUCUCCCCAAAUCUUAUCAAGUUAACGUUGUCUAGUCUUAGACUUGAGGAUGAUCCAAUGCCAACAUUAGAAAAGCUACCAAAAUUAAGAGUCCUUGUCAUUGGUUGGUAUAGCUUUAUGGGGGAUGAGAUGGUGUGCUCAAGAGGAGGUUUCAAUCGACUUGAAUCUCUUGAGCUUAUUGGUCUACUGGGAUUAAAAGAGUGGAAGGUGGAGGAGAGUGCAUUGUCUAGACUUGGCUAUUUGCAUAUUGAAAAAUGCAGGGGAUUGAGGAGAGUUCCAGAUGGAUUAAAAAACAUUCUUACACUCAAUCAUAUGGUGAUAGAGUAUAUGCCUGACAAAUUCAAAGAAAGGAUGGAGGAAGGAGGAGAGGAUUUCUAUAAAGUCAACCACGUCACAUCUCGUGUAUUUAUCGAAUGUAAUGAAGAUUAUGCUUAUGACUGUAGUUGAAUAUAAGCGGGGUAUCAUCUUUGCACUAUACAAUCAAAUCAACAUUUGGAGGAUUCGUUUACCAGUGCGUUCAAUAAAAUCUGGAUUGUGUUUUUGUUUGUUUUAAUUGUGUGUAUUUUCUCCUAGCAAAACUAGUUGUUGAAUAAGUUUGGGCUUAUGAUUGUUUUAGAGAAGGGUCAUUGAAUGUUCUUGUGGAUUAUGAAGUUGAUUCUUUAGCUGAUAAGGUGAGGCUAGAGACGUAUGUAGUGAUGGUUUCCAUGUACAUGUGCUGUGUUCAAGAAAAUCCAUUUCUUAGACCAAAUAUGAGAAGGGUUGUUCAGAUGCUUGAAACUCCAUUAUCUUUUUCAAAUUUUUUGCUAAGGCUGGUAUUAGCUUGUGGUGUACUUUGUUUCUAAUUAUAUAUAGUUGAUUCUUUAGCUGAUAAGGUGAGGCUAGAGACGUAUGUAGUGAUGGUUUCCAUGUACAUGUGCUGUGUUCAAGAAAAUCCAUUUCUUAGACCAAAUAUGAGAAGGGUUGUUCAGAUGCUUGAAACUCCA